AUGUCCCUCCAAGUGAACGACCCACGGUCGCGAACCCGAUCCAAAUCCCCUGGCCGCGAGCGCUCACGGCCGCGGUCGCGCGACAGCCGAGUCCCCUCCCCCUCCCCCUCGCCCUCCCACCGCUCACGCCCCACAGCCGUCGAAAUCCCCCCAACAAAAAGCUACAAUUCUGACGAGGAAGCCGAAAUCGAGCGCCAAUACAAGCUCAUCAGUGAGCGUCGUCGCGAAACAACUGACGAGCCCCGCCCGGUCAUUUCGCGCGCGAGAACUCCCCGCUACGACGUAGACCGCUCAGGCUCGGACUCGGAGUCGAAGCGUCGCGAAACAGAGAGCUCAAGACGUCAUCGUGAUGAUCGCUAUGAACACUCGGACGGGGAGCGCAGUUCUGCUACGGCUUCGUCGCGGUCGCAUCGACGACGGUCCUCGCCUGACCGCGGCAGUCGCGUGAAUCACGACUCUGACGACUUGGCUUAUGGUGAUGCGCCGGGAGUUAAUCCUAGCUAUGCGCGCCCGAAUCGGUAUAGCUAUUCCCAGCCUACGCAGUUCGUCUCCGCUGCUCCACGACAGCCAGGUUUCCCUGCUGGCUCGGUUGACUGGGCUUCUAUACCGGAAUGUGAACGGCCUGGACAUGUCCCGCCUUCAUCGCAGGCGGCGGACCCGGCUACUAUGCCUGGCGCAUUUCCUGUGGCGUCGACCUAUUCGGCUAGCUCCGCCGCUAUGCCGGCGUCCGUGAUUCCUUCGCUGCAGCAUGCUGAAUUACCUGGCCCGCAGGCUACGUAUGCAGCGACGAGUGCGGGUUAUGUGCCUUCGCAUUAUCGUACGGCCUCGGCAAGUGAUCCUGGAUAUCCACCGCCGGCUGCGGGAUAUGCGAAUCCCGGCGUAUACCAGUACGCGCAGUUUGAUCCUAGUCUUAAGUAUGCCCCCAAGACGGUGCCGACGUCGGGGCCUAUGCCGACUUAUUCUGCUUCUACGCAUGAUCAGUUCUACAGACCGAUUCCGCAGCAAUCACAGAGGCAGUAUCAGCCGCAGUCGCAGCAGCAGCAGCAGCAGCCACCUCCAGACCAGUAUCGGUACAAGCACGAGCCUCAGAGACAAGAGCCUCGGUUUGUGGAGAUCGCGCCUGGUGGGAGUCGGUCGAGUGCUCGUCCGCACAGUCACUCUGUUUCGUCGUCGAAUAACCUCGCAGUUGGCGGAGCCACUGCAUCUCAUUCGGCUAAUUCCCCAGCUAGUCCCCUGCUGGAGCCUUAUCACGGUACUUACCAAUCCAUCUCACCCAUGCCAACUACGAUCGUCAUCCCCUCUGUCCACGACGACGAUGUCUCGGACCUGGAACCUCUUGACGGCAGAAACACCACCUCAGACUCAAGCCGACGCAGCAAACACCUUCGAUCGCACUCCUCCGUCGGCGAGAAAGAAUCCCGCUCCCACAGCAAAGACAAGAAAGACAAGGAGCGCGACGACAACCGUCGCACCCGCCCAUCAACCAGCCACGACCGCCAUGACUCGAGCUCCUCAGCUCUCAGUACCGAACCCCGAGUCCUCGUCUCCCCCACAACCGGCCGCAAACGCGUCUCCUUCUACGACGCCGGCCCAGACGCCGCCGCCAUGCAAUCAGCCCUCAACCACACUCGCAAUAUAGACAGCAAACCCAUAAUCCAAAUCCUGCCUCGUCUAACAAGCGACGAGAUCCUCCUCUUGCGGCAGGAAUACAAAGCCCGCGUGCGCAUCCAAGGAAAAGGCAUCAAUCUCGCCAAACACCUCCGUCUCAAACUAGGAAGUUCCUCCUUCGGAAAAGUUUGUUACGCAACCGCCCUCGGGCGCUGGGAGUCAGAGGCAUAUUGGGCAAACUGCUAUUACCAAGCCGGGACAUCACGUCGCGAGUUACUGAUCGAGUCCCUGAUGGGACGGUCGAAUGCCGCGAUCCGCGAAAUCAAAAACUCGUUCCGCGACACCCGUUACGAUAAUAGCCUCGAGCGCUGUAUGCGCUCUGAGUUACGGGCUGAUAAGUUCCGCAUUGCAAUUCUGCUUGCGCUUGAGGGUCAGCGGCAGGAUGAGCGCGAGCCGCUCGAUAAACGGCUCGUGAGCGAUGAUGUACAUGAUUUGCAUCGUGCGAUUGUGAGGGAGGGGGGUGAGACUGCCAUGAUUCAUAUCAUUGUGCUCAGGAGUGAUACGCAUCUGCGUGAAGUACUGCGUGCUUAUGAAGAUAAUCACGGGCAUAAUUUUGCAAGGGCUAUGAUUUCCAAGUCGAGGAAUUUGGUAGGAGAAACCCUGGCUCACAUUCUCAACGGCGCAAUCAAUAGACCAAUGCGCGACGCCCUCCUCCUCCACCAAGCCCUACGCGAAUCCCGCCCCGGACGUGAGCGCUCGGAGCUACUCAUCUCCCGGCUUGUGCGUCUGCAUUGGGAGCCGAGACAUCUUGAUCUUGUUAAGAAUGAGUAUCGGCGCAGAUACCAUGAGCGGUUGGAGGAGGCUAUUGCGGAGGAGAUUUUGUCUUUGAAUGGCGGAGAGGAUUGGGGAGAAUUUUGUAUUGAGUUGGCGCGGAAUGCUUAA